AUGUUUUUGAUGAAUACGAUUAAGGGCAUCUUUCAAUACGAGGAGGGAGGAAACAACGACGUAGCAGGGGAAAAGAAAAAUAAAAGGGUUCAUAUUAGUGAGCUGAAGGACGAAGUGUGGUUAUACAAAAAUGAGGAUAAGAAGCGCCUAAGUGAAGACUACGCCAGUGAAUACGAAGAUGAAGAUGGGAGCUUUUAUGAUGAAGAAGGAGGAAAAAAGCCAAAGGACCAUUUUUUAGAGGUGCCGCUAUUCGAUGAAGACGAAUGUGGACAGAGCAUCCAAAAAAAAUUGGUUAAAUUGCGUAAAAACUUCGUUAUCAGGUACCUCCCGAGCAGGAAAAUAAAAGCAAUAAAAAGAAGCGAAGAGUCUGAAGUUAGCGAAGAAAGCCAAAGUACCACCGAUGAGGAAGAAGACAUGGAGGAGCCUUUUCUCGACCUGUACGAGGAAUUAAAGGUUAAGAUGAGAGCCUUCUCAGUUGUGGACACGCCUAAGCGACGUGUGCAUCGUGGGUUGUCUCUUAAUCGGUUCGGCCUUGUCUUCGCGGUGUGGCUCGUGAGAGAACAAAUCGUAAAGGAGUUCUACAACCCUAUGCUGAGGCCCAGACUGUGGCGCUUCGAAUUUUUUAUAAAAUACAUCCAUAACCUGGAAAAUCAGUUACAGAGAAACUUUUACUUAGUGUCCUUUGGGAACAUCAAGAAGCUGAAGCUCUACGGAGACCUGAAGAAGGAGGUGCUGUACACGCCUGGGUACUCCAUAGAACCGGGGGAGAUCAAGCACUUGAAGGUUCCACUGCCCAUCUGGGCGGAAAAGGAGUUGAGCAUAUCCUACGAGGACUUGCAGAACUUUGAAGUGGCCAUCGAAAUGUGGUGCAUAAAGGGCUUUACAUUCAAUGAGUUGUACGCCUCAUCGAAGAAAACGCUCAAGGAGAUCAUUGAAAACGACCCAGACACGAACGUUAUCCUCAAGCGGAGGAUCGAGAAAAGGAACAUCAUUUUUGAGGCUCAGCGUUUGGGGGUGUACAUGCAGCUGUCCGAAAUCUUCGAGUUCCACAUGGCCCUGGACAGCUGGUGGUUCAUAGCAAAUUCAGAAAUGCCCAGUUACUUAAAAACCCUUCCCAAAUUUUUGCGUUUCAAAUUUCCCCUAAGUGAAGACGACUGGGUUAUUCACAGCUCGCACAAAUCACAGAACAACUUUUGGCUCUACCCAGGAUAUUUCUGUUUCAUUGGCACUUACCAGCAGCUAGCCAACGCCUUUUUCAUCCUCACGGUGCUGUCCCACAACAACAGCUACAGAUACAAGCCACCCAUCCUGCUUGGGUCCUGCAUCAUAUCUUUAAAGUCUGUGACGGAGCACCCGUUUUUCAAAGGAACUGUGAAAAAGCUGACCCUAGACAAGACCAAAUUCAAGCAGGGCGAAAUUGUGGGGAACAUAAAGUGCUUUGUGAACAGCUACGGCAUAGAGGAAGGGGACAUUCCUGUGCAGAGGCCCGUUCAGCAGCUAAGCGACGCGACGCUGGUGAACCAGCUCCUUUUGAACGACCACUACUUGGUGAUCAGAGUAAUCAAGUGCGAAAAUCUAGCCAUCAGCAGCAUCGACCUGAAUAACGUGAACAUAAACGUGUGGGUGAAGUGGGACGGUAUAGUCAACAAGACAGACACGGUGUCGAAAAGCACCUCGCCUUUCUUUUACCAAAAUCUGUAUUUCCCAAUUCGGCUAGUAGAUAAAAAAGAGCUAACAAAUGAGAGUCUCAUAAGGAAUGUGUUGCCAGUAGAUUUGAUUUCCAAAGGGGAAAUAUGUUUCGAGGUCCAUAACAAUAAUGAAAUACAUUCCACCAUUUUGGGGAUUUUCGAGCUUCCCUUCUCGGACAUUUUUAACCAUGGCACAGUAGAUUACCGGUCCCUGGCUCAGGAAGCUUCCCAAAGCAGCUCCCCCUACAACGACUACAAGGACAACUACGACGCAGCGAAUGAGGGGAUGGGCCUUUCGAGCGAGAACAAUGACGACUACUACGUGAGGAAGUAUAAAACCGUCGUGUAUAAGAACACCUUAAAAUUGAUGUACUCCACGCUCCACCUGAAAGCGUUGAACAUGGAGAGCAUACAGACGAGGAAGGAGUCGACCAUUUCGGUGGAGGCCUUUGUUAUCCCUCCAUUGCCCAGUGGCUUGGUUUUUGUGGAAAAGGAAAAAAUGCAGAACGCUUCGAUGAUUUACAAGUCCAUGUCGAAGAGGUGGGAACGGGACUUCGCCAAGUUCAAGGACACCUACAUUCAGUGGUUCCCCCGGGCGGAUAAAAAUAGGAGUUUCCCCUGUGUGAGCAGAAACGAGUUUGACGGCAACUACUAUCCCCUGUGUAGCUUCGUCACUUCGAUUAAUUUGCCCGCCCAAGUGUCCACUCCGGGCCCCCUCUUCCACUGGCUGAACAACAUUGAGUACAUCGAGAACGAAGAAGAGUCGUCGAUCUUUACCCCCCCGUAUUUUUUCCUGUCCUACAAGAAGGGGACGAUACAGGACCACGUCCUGUUGCUGUGCUGCUGCCUGAAGGGCCUGGAGUACGACGCGUACGUGUGUAAAGGCACAAUAAACAACGGGAAGAAGAACCACUACUGGGUGAUGACGAGGCACGAAGACGGGUGGGUGUGCUUCUGGGAAGUGACGAAUAAAUGCAUUAUCCACCUGAAGAACAGAUGGAACAACAACAAAUAUUCAAGGAACUCAGAAAUGAGCACUCAGAAGGAAAUAAUCAGUAAGGUAGUGGAAGACAACGAUAGGGAAAAGUAUUACACUGGGGAAUAUCUAAUGAAUUUUGUUAGAUACGGGUUGGAGGAAUUAAAAAAGAGGGAGAAGCAAAUCAAGGAGGAAUACGACAUGAAGGAAGAAAACAAACUAUACACUAUGGACCUUUAUGGAGAGAAUCACAUGAAGGAUGAACAAGUAGACGUAAAUGAAAUUCUUUACAACGAUGAGGAACUCUUCAAUAAUGUAUUCGAAGUGAAGUUUGAAAGGAAUGAGACAUACAGUUCUAGUAAGGCGUUAAAAUAUCUGUUGGAAAAUUUUUCGAAGCAUAUUCCCAUUGCUCCUAAGAUGUUUCUGCUGGAUUAUGAGAGGACUUUAGCUUAUGUGCCUUACUCGUCGAUCGAGGUCGUUUUUAAUGACGAGCAGUUGUAUGGGAACAUGCAGAACCACCACCCCGCGUGCAUUUUGUACGACUUGGAGAACAACUACCACUGGCGCCCCCUUUUGAACCACUCCCCCGUGCCGAUCAAGAGUGAAAUUACGAUAUCGACCCCGUUGAGCGACCGGCUUUCCGUCAAGUACACGAAGGACCUCGAGGAGGAGAUUCAAGAAAUGAUACUCUUCAUGAGGACCAAGGAGGGACUGGAGACCUCCUUUGAGCAUUCCAAGGAAAUAAGGCAUUUCCUAGAAAUGUAUAUUGACCUGUGUGAAUAUAAGCUUAACUUGGACAAUAAUUACAACCCUAAGCCUGAAAAUUAUGACCGUACAGGUGGGGAAGAAGCUAAAGGGGGUCAAAGAAGCCAAGUUGGGGAAGGGGGACGUGCAUCCCCCCCAACAGGUAUAGGUUCAGCCGAGAAGGGAGGAGAAAAUCAAGGAGAAAAAACCCAAAUCAGAAAAACGUGGUCUCAAUACAAAAAUGAUUAUUACCCUAAUAUUGAAGCACAGUACGUUAAUAAGGAUAAUUUUAAUUUUUAUCAGACCUAUCAGCCAAGUGAACAAAUAGACAUGAUAAACCACGAGCAGAAGAAGCACCUGGUGAACAUCCCAGAGGAUUAUAUAUACGGGAUGAAUGAUGAGGUGUACAAUAAUGGGAAGGAACAGUACAUAAAGAACUACGUUUUUUGUAGGGACAACGCGGACAUUUUAAAUAACUAUGAUAACAGUGUGAAGAGGAAAAAUAUUAAGCGGUUCAGCAAUGCGCCUGUGCAUUACCAGGAGAGGGUCCACGUGGGGGGAGAGUGUAGCGUUAGGGGGAGUGAUAGGGGGAGUGAUCGGGGGAGUGAUAGGGGAAGUGAUAGGGGGAGUGAUAAGGGGAGUGAUAAGGAGAGUAAUAAAAAUGAGCCAAAGGGGAAAGAUCCCCAAAUGGGGGGAGAGAUCAAACGUGUCCUUGCCCCCAAUGGAGGAGAGGCAGCUCAAGAGCAGGAUACGCCGAGCAUGACGGGGGGCGGUAGCAUCCACAAAGAAGGGGACCCAUCAAGUGAAGAAAAUGAGUUAGAGGAGCUGUACAAAGAAAUCAAAGAGACGUAUCACUACGAUGAGGAGGAAAUGGAAGAGAAAGACAAAGCGAAGGAGUCGGAACGGCGGCACCGUUGCACUGACCGAGAAGGUGUUCCAAAUAAGUAUAUCAAGAAGUACAACAAAAAGUAUGAUAACCUGCUUAAGCUUCAGAAGAGUUUGAAGCAGAAGGAGAAACAGAUGAAGGAAGAAAUGGUGGAUGUUAAGGGGACUAUUCGGGAGACGGCACUCAUGAUAACUGCAAGGGUGAAGUGA